AUAUAUAAUAGAACUAAACCCACACCUUAGUGAUAAAUUGAAGUAUAGAUUGAACACACACAUAGAAACCCAACAACAAGAAUGAAGAAGAUGAUUCUAACCCUCUUCUUCAAUAUCAUUUUAUCUCUCCUCUCCCUCUCCCACGCCUCCGUGGUGGAUUUCUGCGUAGCAGACUACACAGGCCCCAAUGGCCCCGCAGGGUACUCAUGCAAGAGCCCAGCAAAGGUCACGGUGGACGACUUCGUCUACUCCGGCCUUGGCACCGCCGGCAACACCUCAAACAUCAUCAAAGCCGCGGUGACGCCGGCGUUCGACGCGCAAUUCCCCGGCGUCAACGGGCUUGGAAUCUCCAUUGCACGCCUAGACCUAGCAGCCGGUGGAGUCAUCCCUCUUCACACGCACCCUGGUGCCUCAGAGCUGCUGGUGGUUGUGCAGGGAACAAUCUGCACCGGCUUCGUUGCUUCGGACAACACUGUGUACCUCAAAACCCUAAAAAAGGGUGAUGUCAUGGUGUACCCUCAGGGCUUGUUGCACUUCCAGAUCAACGAUGGAGAGUCUCAGGCUUUGGCUUUUGUGAGCUUCAGCAGUGCUAACCCUGGCCUCCAGAUUCUGGACUUUUCUUUGUUCAAGAGUGAUUUCCCCACUGAGCUUAUCACGCAAACCACUUUCAUUGAUGCUGCAGUUGUCAAGAAGCUCAAGGGUGUUCUUGGAGGGUCAGGUUAAUUAAAUAUAAUUAACGCGUGUUGAUGUGUUUUUAAUUAAACGGAGUUGUUCAUUCAAAACACAAGAGUCUAGAGUGUGUUGUGUUGUGUCAUUUUUGUUAAAUUUGUUUGUUUUGGUUUUGUACUGUUUUGGAUUUAGCAGCAUGCAUGUAAUUUGUAAAAGUAUGAAGGUAUGGGUUUCUUCUUCGAUCUUUAGCAGAUUGUCUUUGUUAAACGAACCAGUGAUCUGGUUUUGGUUAUAUUGUUUCUAGUUGUUAAGUAAUUAAGUUGCUUUUACAGGCUGAUAACUACUUACUUCAGAAAUUUAUGCUACAAGAUGAAUAAAUGUGUGGUUUUUUCUGGUUC